CGUAUCGGGCGUGCGUUGCGAGAAGACGCGUGUCGCGCGCGGAUCUUCGCUAGAAAACAUCGCGAAAACUUGUACUGACAAAACACUCAGUGUUUAGUGUUUCUGUAAAUGUUUUCAAGUGUUUCGUUUUGUGUUUUACUGUGUAAGUGAAUAUGUGUCACUGAAAGUGGAUUUUAAUUUUCCUAAAAAACAUCCGGUAGUGCUGUGGAAAAUGUAGUGAUGUACCUAGUCAUGUGGCCGUAAUAUCGAUAAAAACCGCGUUCCAUUUUUUUAAUAUGCAACCGUAAAAUUGGAAUAAAAAAAGUGUAAUUCUAGUGUCAAUAAUUAAAGCUUACAUGAAAUUAAAUAUGGAUGUGGUACUUUUACGGGUUUGUCGAUAAAAUGAAAAUGAAGUGGUGUGUUUUAGUGUUAUUAGGGUUAGUGGGAGGUGGUGUAUCGUUGUCUGAAAACUGUCGAGGUGAAAAGCCGAGGCUUCGUGAUUGUGACAACGUGUGUGAUAAGGAUGGAAACUGCAAGAUUCGGGCAGCGCUAUUGUUACCAAAGAAUACGACUUAUGAUGCCUGUUUAUCUGUUGUGGGAGCCGUUCUCGACCUGGCUAUGAAUGAUUCCGUCAUCAAAAAUGCCUUCCCGCCUUGGCUUAGCGUUGAAUGGAUGAAGUAUGACGUCACAGACUGCGAUGCAGCUUAUGCGGUGAUAUCCGCCAUUGAUGCCUACAACGACUGCGCUCAUGUUUUCUUUGGACCCUCCUGUGAUUUUGCUUUAGCCUCAGUCGCAAGAAUCGCGAAGUUUCUGGGAGGCACUGGCACUCCUUUGGUCACAACUGGCGGAUUCACCUUCGACUUUGUCAAACCAAAACAGACUUGUCAAGAUGAGUUCUACAUGCUUGUCAGAGCUGGACCUCUUGGCUUUGAGGAUCUUGCCUACUUCAUCAUUAAGUUGAUGGAUGUCUUCCAAUGGAAACAACUGCUGCUCAUCAACGAACCUGAGGCGCAGGUACAUGUCGCUGGCAAGUCGACUUGCCAUCUCAUGAUGAAGACUUUCGCCAAUUUCCUGAAAAAGGAAGAUAUACUUUACACACCGUGGGACACUACGUCGGAUGCUGGCUUGAACUACACAGAAAACUUGAAAUUUUACCUCGGCUACAAAUACACAAAUUCGGAUGGGGUCGAGCAGCGUUGCUGUACGAUACUCAAGCUUAUCGAAUUAACGUGGGAGAUAGUGGCGGUUUCUUACUAGCUUCUACUAUCCAUGGCUAUAUGUUGGCCCACGAUAUUGACGUUUUCGGCUGGGAAUUGAGACCCCAAGACACGUUUGAAGACAUGCUGGUUCAAAUUGUAGGAAAUACCUACGCAAGUGAGUCGUGUUUUGGGCUUGGCUGAAGGUUUUAAAGCACUUGAGACUUUAUUUUGAUAGG